AUGGUUCAAGAAAACGAGUCACAGUUGCCGAAUGGGGUGAAGUGCGAAGUUCUUGUCACCGUCUUCAGGCGGUACGACUUCGACAUCGCUGUGGAUAGCCUCAGGGUAGAAGACAUUUGCCGAGGCGGAGGCGGUUUCAUGAGCGAGACACUCCGAGUGCGGGGACGCACACGAGGCGGCGACGAGGUCAGACUCGUAGUGAAGGCGCCGCUGCGCAAGACUGGGGGCGGAAGGCUCGGCUCCGCCGGACUGUUCCGGCGCGAGCGGGCGCUGUACUCGCGGACGCUGCCUGCUGCGGAGGCGGCGCUCAAGUCGGUCGAGGGAGGGGCGUGGCGGCCGUUGAAGCCCGCUUGCCUGGCCGUCUGCGGGGGCGGCUGUCUGCUGCUGCAGGACUUGACGAUCACGGGCUUCCGCAAGGCCGCCAGUACUGCUUCCGCUCGCGGGCUGGACGUGGCUCACUGUGUGGUCGCGCUGCGCGGGCUGGCGCGCCUCCACGCCGCCUCCACACCGACUGCGCGCCGCGACGCCCAGGUGGAGCCGCUGCUGCGAGAGUCCGUCGCCUUCGGCGCCAGCCGGGCCCCGCUGUUGCAGUCGCAGGCUAAGGCCACGGUCCUCAAGAUGGCCAACGUACUUGGCCGCUACCCCUGGUUUCGGAGGCACCGGGACAAGUUCCUCCAGCUGGCAGACACUUUGCUGUCGCGAGCUGUAGAUGCUGUCUCUACCUGCAACGGAAGGCUGACUGUCAUGCUGCAUGGGGAUUUCCAGAAGAACAAUAUGAUGUUCCGGUACUGCAAAUCGAAACUUCAAGUCGUGUUUUAUGACUUCCAGGGAGCCCACAUCGGAUCUCCAGCGGAGGACCUGCAGUACUUUCUGCACACGAGCGCCAGCCUCGAGGUGUUGCAGCAGCACACAGACCUGCUGCUGUCCGAGUACCACAGCACCCUGCAGCACACACUGCGCGCCCUGGGGCUGCAGCAACAGGCCGAUGCCUACCCACUGGAGCAGCUGAGGAGAGAGAUGAAGCAGCUGGCACCGGUAGGGGUCUUCUGCACCUACAACCUGCUGCCUGCCAUGCUGAACCUAGAGGCAGUCUACUUGGAGCUUAGUAAAUCCUGCAACAUUGACAGGCUGUUACGCAAGUGUUUCACGAAUCCAAAGUAUCUGGCAUUUGCUGAGUACCUGAGCGGAACAUUGCUAGAAAUGGUGCUAGAAACAGUGAAGAAGGAAUCCCACCCUGACUGGGCGUGCAGCAAGUUCCUGGUCAGAGCCUUCAAACAGGCAGGCUUCGAUGUGGUGGAGGACAGCAUCCAGGUGAAGAACGCCUGCAGCGGCGGGGGCGGCUUUAUGAGCGAGACACUGCUUUUGCGGGGGCGGACACUCGGCGGAGACGUGGCCAGCCUUGUGGUGAAGGCGUCUCUGCCCGGACGCGGGGACGGCGCGCUCAGCUCCGACAUGCUGUUCCGGAGGGAGAGCGCGCUGUACACGAGGACUCUGCCCGCUGCGGAGGCGGCGCUGAAGGCUGCUGAAGAUGGCGCGUGGCGGCCGCUGUGGCCCGCCUGCCCGGGUUUGUUCGGCGGCGGGGGUGGCUGCCUGCUGCUGGAGGACGUGGUGGCCGCGGGAUUCCGCAAGGCCCCCAGUGCCGCCUCGGCUCGCGGGCUGGAUCUGGAGCACUGUCUGGUCGCGAUGCGUGGGCUGGCGCGCCUCCACGCUGCCACCACGAGAAAUGCUUGCCAGGAUGCCCAGGCUGAGCCCCUGCUAAGAGAGUCCGUCUUCUUUGGCUCCAGCCAGGGUCCACUGCGCCACUUGCAGACCAAGACCACCAUCCUCAAGAUGGCUGAAAUACUCAGCCGCUAUCCGUGGUUCCGCACGUAUAAGGACAAGUUCCUGCAAUUCGCGGACAAAUUGUUAUUGCGAGCUGUUGACGCCGUCAGUAGGUGCGACAACAAACUCACUGUUAUGCUGCAUGGGGACUUCCAGAAGAACAAUAUGAUGUUCCGGUACUCAGACAAGGAGCUCGAAGUCAUUUUUUACGAUUAUCAGGGAGCCCAUAUCGGGUCUCCAGCAGAGGACCUGCAAUACUUCUUGCACACUAGCGCCAGCCUGGAGGUGCUGCAGCACCACACGGACCUGCUGCUGUCUGAGUACCACCGCACCCUGCACCACACACUGCGGGCCCUGGGGCUGCAGGAACAGGCGGUCGCCUACCCACUGAACCAGCUAAGGAGAGAGAUGGAGCAGCUAGCGCUAGUAGGGGUCUUCUGCACCUACGUUGUGCUGCCCGUUAUGCUGAACCUAGCAGCUGUCGAUUUUGAUCAAGAUACAUCGUCACCCAGCUUUGCAGCCAAUGUGGACAAGUUAUUACAGAAAUGCUAUACAAACCCUGAGUAUUUGUCCUUUGCCGAGUACUUGACGCCAGUUUUUGAGAAGAACUGUCUUCUAGGAAGCUGA